AUGACCACGGUGAUCACCGAUCCCACCAGUUCUGCAGCCCCAACCAAAGGGGACAAUACCACUACAACCAGUUCAAACACACCCCAAGCCGCAUCACUAGCAACAUCCAGUCCUACACAAGGUCAGGUAACGACUACCACUUCUCUGGCUACCAACGCUGCCUCAAAGUCCCCCUCAACAACGGUUCAAGAAAUGAACGUCAACACCUUCAACACGACCUUGGACAACAGUUUCACCACAAUGGUCACAACCGAUUCUGUCACUUCUACCAACACCAUCCCAUCGGAUGCCACCGAUACCAACACCCCUUCUAGUGUUGCCCCUUCUUGUGGAACCUGUCCUAGGUGUUCGCUCAAUGUCAAAAUGUUUACCCACGUCUGUCCAGAAAUCUCCGGACGGAAUGGAGUCACGAUUCCGGCCAUAAUUGUAUAUUUCACAGAUCGUGAUGGCAUUAAAUUUGGGGAGGAAUGUGAGAAGAUAAGAGCUAUCCAGCUCACAGGGCCGUUUCUGUUUCGGCAAAAGCAACGCUUUCAGAAGAUCGGCGUCCUUUGGGGGAAGUAUAUAGGUUGA